AUGAGUAGCAGUAGUAAUAGCAAUGGAGCCGCUGCAGCUGCUCAGCCCGAUGUCGACAUCACUGCGCCUGUCGUAGCCUCUCAUAACAGAUAUCUCGAAGACAAUACCAUUCAGAUACGCGCAAGGACAAUACCCUGGGAGGAAUGUAUCUGCUUAGGUUAUCAACGCGCUGCUCUCAUCACUGAAGAGGAAUUGGCUCAGAUUAGACAAUUCCAAAAAUCACCCUCUACUUAUCUAGCUGAAGCUCCAGACAAGUACAUUGCCCUUUUAUUCGGCCUAUUGAGCAAACUAGUGAGGAAUGACACCCUACAGAAUCUACUCGUCCUUAUCGACGAUGUCCUAGUCGAAAAAGAAGAACACGUCAUGGCAUUCUUUGCAUACGCUCAACGAAAGGGUGAUGCUACCCUCCCAUUCCACCCAUUCAUCAAAUUACUACGCAAAGACGACGAAUUCGUACAAUUAAAAGCUGCUAAAAUCAUCACAUACCUUGUAUUGAAUGCAGAUCCAUCAUAUCCAUUCGAUCCUUCAGAUUUAUUCGUAUGGAUGACUGCUCAGUUGCAGUCUACAAAUCCUGGUGUCGUCGAUAUCACAGUCCAAUUAUUACAAUCUAUACUAUCUCUCACUCAAUAUCGCUUGCCUUGCUACCAAACUCCAAACCUGGUUCAUGUAUUGGUGGAGAUUCUUAGAAAGGGAACGCCAAAUGCUCAAAUGCAAUAUCAGGUCAUCUAUUGCAUGUGGUCAUUGACCUAUAUUACCGAUAUUGCUCAAGACAUUCAAAGGAAACAUGAUGUGAUUCCCAUCUUGAUUGAAGUAGUCAAGAGUGCUAUAAAAGAGAAGGUGGUUCGUGUCAUUGUUGCCACCCUCAAGAACAUGUUGAGUAAAGCUAUGCAAGAGAACUUGGCAGCCAUGUUUGGAAACAAGGUGUUGAACACCUGUGAGAAUCUGCUUGCUAGGAAAUGGUCUGAUACAGAGAUAUCAGAAGAUUUGGAAUAUUUGAGAGAUGAAUUGAGCAAGGCUUUACAGAGCUUGAGCACAUUUGACGAAUACGCUUCGGAAGUGCAAUCAGGAAAAUUAGAAUGGUCUCCACCACACAUGUCGGAAAACUUUUGGAAGCAGAAUGCUGCUAAAUUGAAUGAACGAGAUUACGAAUUAUUGAGAAUCUUGUCACGACUCAUUGCUACAUCAACUGCCCCAUUAAUACUUGCAGUUGCUGCACAUGAUAUUGGACAGUAUGUCAAGUAUGCUCCAGAUGGAAAGAGAAUUGUUCAAGAAAUUGGCGCCAAGACCCAAAUUAUGGAACUCAUGACUAAUCCUGAUUCUGAUGUUCGAUAUCAAGCUUUGAUUGCUGUACAAAAGUUUAUGGUGAAUGCAUGGAACUUUUGA